AUGACUGUCACCUACACGGCGCGAGUGGCCAACGCGCGCUUCGGCAGCUUCUCCAAGCUGCUGCUGCUUUGGCGAGGGAGCAUCUACAAGCUGCUGUGGCGGGAGCUGCUCUGCUUCCUCGGCCUCUACAUGGCCCUCAGCGCAGCCUACCGCCUGGUGCUGUCCGACGACCAGAAGCGCUACUUCGAGAAGGUUGUUAUUUACUGCGACCAGUACGCCAGCCUCAUCCCUGUCUCCUUCGUGCUAGGUUUCUACGUGACGCUGGUGGUAAACCGCUGGUGGAACCAGUACCUCUCCAUGCCCUUACCCGACGCGCUCAUGUGCGUGGUGGCGGGCACGGUGCACGGGCGCGAUGAGCGCGGCCGCCUGUACCGCCGCACGCUCAUGCGCUACGCGGGGCUCUCGGCCGUGCUCAUCCUGCGCUCGGUCAGCACCGCCGUCUUCAAGCGCUUCCCCACCAUAGACCACGUGGUGGAAGCUGGGUUUAUGACCCGCGAGGAGCGCAAGAAAUUCGAGAACUUGAAUUCCUCCUACAACAAAUACUGGGUGCCCUGCGUCUGGUUUUCCAACUUGGCGGCGCAGGCCCGCCGCGAGGGCCGCAUCCAUGACAACAGCGCCCUGAAACUACUGCUAGAGGAGCUGGCGGUGUUCAGGGGCAAGUGCGGGAUGCUCUUUCACUACGACUGGGUCAGCAUACCCCUUGUCUAUACCCAGGUGGUGACGAUCGCGGUGUACAGCUAUUUCCUGGCCUGCCUGAUCGGGCGCCAGUUCCUGGACCCUGAGCAGGGCUACAGCGGUCACAAUUUAGACCUGUGCGUGCCCAUCUUUACCCUGCUGCAGUUCUUCUUCUAUGCCGGCUGGCUCAAGGUAGCCGAGCAACUCAUCAAUCCCUUUGGAGAAGAUGACGAUGACUUUGAGACCAACUUUCUGAUCGAUCGCAACUUCCAGGUGUCCAUGCUAGCGGUGGACGAGAUGUACGACGACCUGGCUGUCAUGGAGAAGGACCUCUAUUGGGACGCCACGGAGGCCCGAGCCCCCUACACAGCAGCCACUGCCUUCCUGGCGCAGCAGCCAUCGUUCCAGGGCUCCACCUUUGACAUCACGCUGGCCAAGGAGGACAUGCAGUUCCAGCGGCUGGACGGCCUGGACGUGCGGCUGGGCGACGCGCAAGGCGACUUCCUGCAGCGCCUCCUGCCGAUGGGCGCGGGGAGCGCGGCGGGCGCGGGCGGCCUGCUGGGCCGGCGCCUGUCGGUGCUGCGCCGCAAGAACAGCUGCGUGUCCGAGACGUCCACGCUGCCCAGCUGCUCGUGCGCGGGCGCCCCGGAGGGUGCGUGCCCCGAGUGCGGCUGCGGGGAGGCGCUGCUCGAACCCGGCCUGCGGGAGCCGGAGCCCGAGGGUCCCCCAGGCCCGGAGCCGCCCGCCACCCCCGAGCCCCUCGCCAACGCGCCCGUGCCCGCGCCCCGGGGCCCGGCUCCACCCUGGCUGCCCAGCCCCAUCGGCGAGGAGGAGGAGCCCGGCCUGAACUCGUUCUCGGGCGAGUGA